GUUGUGCUGUCAGCAAAUCUGCUAGGCUACUCAUUCACGCCCCGUUCUCGCUCAUCCCACUCCGGUUUGUCUGACUCUUCUCUCUCUUGACUAACAAUUGCUCGGGAAGUGGCGGGAUUGACUUGUCUGUCCUUCAUGGUUUACAUGACAGUUCGGUGCUCUGUCUCUAUUUAUCCUAUGUGAAAUAACGGUUCCAAGGAUACAAUCUACAAUCGGAUAGCCUAACGGUCUAGGAUCGGGCGCCAAAAGAAACUUGAUUAGGUCCAUUUGUUUGGGCACUCAAUGCAAGGGAUCUUCAAACGGUAUGCAGGAUUGUUUCGAAGUAGCAGCCAGAGGAGACGAUUAUAAUUUCUGUUCUUAUCGAGAUCGGGUGUAUCGAGAGACAGUGGAAUAUUUUAGCAGUUGGGGGGGGGGAGGACGAGGAGAAAGAGGAACGGCAUUCGCAGACUGGACUCACAAGGGGCUUCUAAAUGCGUCUUCUUGUCGACCCUCCGAGAACAAUGAAUAGUGGUUCUAGCAACUUUCUGCUAGUUCCAAUACCGGAGUAUCCCGUUCUAGACUGCGUGCCCAACAAAAACGUUAAGAUUGUGGUUUUGGGAGCGAGCAACGUCGGGAAAACAGCUUUGAUCGUCAGGUUUCUGACCAAGAGGUUCAUUGGGGACUAUGAGGCAAACACAGGGGCCCUUUACUCCAGAAAGAUCAAUCUAGAUGGAGAACAGGUCUCACUACAGGUUCAGGACACACCCUGUGUCUCUCUACAGGAUGAUGCAGAGGGACUAUAUUGUCAGGAGCAGAUCAACAGGUCUAUCUACUGGGCGGAUGGAUACGUCCUGGUGUUCUCCAUCACCGACCACAGCAGUUAUAGAACCAUACAGCCUCUCUACCAGCACGUCAGACGCAUCCACCCUGCAGGGAACAUACCUGUCAUACUGGUGGGCAACAAGAGCGACCUCCUCCGUGCCCGCCAGGUGCCGGCUGACGAGGGCGAGACGUUGGCAGCCUCUCUGGGUGGGCCGUACUUUGAGGCGUCUGCCAGGGAGAACCACGAGGGGGUCCACGCCGCCUUCCUGCACCUCUGUGGCGAGGUGAGCCGGGCGCUGGGUGGGGGUAACGGGGAGAAAAGGAGAGGGGGGCUGCACCUGGCCCGGCCCAAGUCCCCCAACAUGCAGGAGCUGAAGAGGAGGUUUCGACAGGUGCUGUCCUCUAAGGGAAAGUCUUCUACUAACACCUUGUGAUGACAAUGGGGGGAAAAAAUGCUUAUUUUUUGGGGUUCUGGAAUUGGAAUUCUGGAUUGAGCCCAGUUGACUCUCCUGUGAUGUCGUUGUAUGAUAAUGAAUGGAACACUUUUUUUCAAAUGGAGCAUUUCGUUGGAACAGUGAGAAGAGGGAAACAACGGAUAUUGUAUUUCUUUGGAUUGGAAUGGAACAUUAAGAUAAAGAGGUUCCCCUUGUGGAAGGAAUGGCAAAGAGACAGCAAGGCCCAAUACUACCAACAGAACAGUGUGCUAUGAGGCUUGUGACAUCACAUACCAUUCUGACAAUCUGACCAAUGGUGACAGAGGAACCUGAAAUACUGACUUUGACUGACAGGCCUAACGGACCAAUCAUAGGCUACUCUGAGAUCUGCUAUUCGAUCUGAGCUGUCACUCACUAGCCUACUCUUCUUGCUUCUGAUACAUUUGUAUUGAAUGAAUGUCAUCUGAAAAUGUACUGUACCCAGAAGCAAAACAAACCGAUGGGUUGCACCCUAUUCCCAAUUUAGUGAACUACUUUCAUCCAGGGCCUAAGUAGCGCACUAUGUAGGGAAUUGGGUGCGUUUGAGAAGCAACUAAUAUAUUUUCAAUAUGAAAAACAUGGAUAGGUCAUGGUUAAUCAAAUGUUUAUUUAGCAAUUACAUGUCCUUUCACAUUUUAAAUAGGAUCUGUUUUUUAGCAGACUCUUUUAUCCAAAGAGACUUACAGUCAUGCGUACAUACAUUUUUACCUAUGGGUGGACCUGGGAAUUGAACCCACAACCCUGGCAUUACAAGCGCCAUGCUCUACCUGCUGGGCUACAGAGGACCAUCCUGGUCUGUACUUAUCUGAACCAACCUGAUUCCCUCUGAACAGUCUCUAACCACAGAUCUAGGAUCAGUUUACCCUACCAUUAGCACUAGCAUGAACAUAGAUCAGAGCUUAUAGGGGGAACUUCAGCCUAGUGUUACUGCUUGCAAAUGUCUGCUAACUUUUCCUACAUUUCUGGGUUUACCAGAAAUCCUGGUUGGAACUUUCCUGGAAUAAGGAGGGAAUAAGCAGGAUUUCUGGAAAACCAGGGGUAUUUGGGGGGGAAAGUUACUGUAAUUUUGCCACCCUAGUCAGGACCCUUUAGAGCAACAUGUACACAGGCUCCAUUUUGGACAGAUAUAUAUUUUUAAUAAGAAGCCAGAGAGGAAGGAGACAUGGGCUUGUGUUCCAAAUGGCACCCUAUUUCCUAUAUAGUGCACUACCCACAGGGCUCUGGUCAAAUGUAGUGCACUAUAUCGGGAGCCAUUUGGGACUGACCCAUUGGAGAGACAUGUCAAAUCGGAGUUCUCAUGACCUUUCACCUCUAUCUGCUGUGUCAGAGUUUUGUGGAACACACCAGAGGUUAGGGAGCGCCCAGUUCCCCCAGACUCGCACGGAUACACACAAGAACGCCUGGGGCACAGGGUCAGGGUUAGGGUUACUGGGGCACAGUGUUCCGAUAACGACACAUUCCUCAGCAUCUGGAACUGGUUUCUGUGAAUCUGGUCGUUGCCCCCAACCACCUCCAUAGAGAGACAAACACCACAAACUUUUAACCUCUGGCCUUUGACCUAUAAAAUUAAUCAGUCUCAUUGUGUGCCAGUAGAAGGAUUAAUUUCACUAUAGUGGCUGAGUAUCGCUUUGCUGGGUCAUGUUCAUUAGGGACAAAAUGGACUUAAACAAGGAGGGACUACCUGGACUUGUUCUAUAAGAAACACUUGUAUUGUUUUCUCUGAAAGUGUUCUAAGCCGUUUUGCUGCUCUAUUUAACACAACCAAGAUGCUUGAGAUGUAGUUUAUAAAUGCUAAUAAAGAAAUUUGAACUUG